AUGUCUAAACWUCGUUCUGAUACAAGUUCCCCAGCCAUGGGACAUACUGUCAGGGUGUUGCUGUUCUGCCUUCCAUGGCUGUUCGUCUGUUCUGUAUCAACAAGCUCGUUAAUCAGAGACAUCUCAACCUCAGUACAUCAUGGCGGUGGACUAGAGAGCAACAACGAACGACAAACGAUCCCAGAUUUACCAGGAACAUUGAAUAGUGAUUCUAGAAGUAAAAUAAGCAAUUCGUUUGAACAACUGACACAUAUUAAAAGAACAGCAGGAAAUAUGACUGCGCCAGACAUACUUAAAGAAAUCAUAGCUGCAUACAAUUAUCUCAAAAAGUACAAUUAUAUCUCACAAUUACCACGAGGCAACCAGGACGUCAGAACAGCCUUGGAAACAUUCCAGCGAUUCGUGAAUCUACCAGUUACUGGCAUGUUAGACAAUUCAACGAUAAAAGCGAUGAAGAAAAAACGAUGUGGUGUUCCCGAUGUACAGAUUAACGACUCUUCGCUAGGGCGUCGCCGGAAGAGGUUUGCUGUUUCAAAUCGAAAGUGGGAUAAGACUGCUCUACUUUAUGCAUUUGAAACAUAUACCGCUGAUAUGUCAGUGCUGGCUCAGAAAGCAGUCAUUGCUAAAGCAUUCAAAUUGUGGUCUGAYGUCAGCCCUUUGGUCUUCACGCUUACAACCGACCUAUCCAAAGCUGACAUUACAAUUAUGUUUGGUACUACUUUUCACGGUCGAUGCAGCACACCAUUUGAUGGACAUGGUAAAGUCCUGGCUCAUGCUUUUUACCCCAAAUCAGGUCAACUUCAUUUCGACGACGAUGAGCUUUUCACGGAUGGUACAACCGUUGGCACCAACCUACUGGCUGUUGCAGUACAUGAAAUCGGUCACUCUCUAGGACUCGCUCAUUCUACGGAGGUCACGUCGAUCAUGUUUCCGAUAGCUCAYAAAUACAAGCCAAACCUUACACUUAGUAAAGACGAUAAAAAUGCAAUUCGGUAUCUAUACGCUGGCGGAACUAGCAGCCCAGUUUGCAAGGACAUCUGGUUAUCMUGCGCUAGCAUCACUACCUACUGCAAGCAGUUCCGAGAUAUAAUGAAAUCAAAUUGCAAAAAGACUUGCAAAUAUUGUGUUUGAAGACAGCAAACAUCUUCCAUGGCUUGAAAACGAAACAGGGGAAGCAAAGUGUCACCGAAGCGCAAAUACGAUUGUCGGUUCUACAAUAGGCAGAUAAAAUAAAUAAUGAAAAAAAUAUAUUAACAAAUGUCGUGUGCCAAAAAAAAAGAUAUCGAAGCUUCUAUGAUUGUUGGGUAAUAUUUUGAGAGAAAGAUGUUUAUGAUGUUAUGUGUAUGAAGAACAAUAAAGUCUGAACCAACA